AUGCCUCCACAAGUCGGCCUGGGGCGAUCCACCGGCCUGGCUGCGCGGUGCGUGUCCGAGAUCACGCCAACGCCGCCAGCUGGCGCUGUGCCACGGCCAGUUGUCCUGGAACGUGUCAGCUGCGUCGGCUGCAGAGCAGGCAGUGCCGGGACGUCGCCAGGGCGCUUGAGGACACAUCAACCUCCUGCAGCCCGGCUGCAUGAUUUAACAGCACCGUUGCCUUCAGCCUCACUGCUGCAUACCUUUUCAUUUCGCCCACAGGCGCCUCGCAAAGCCCAGAACCUGGCCUUUGCCAUUCCCUCAGCCACACCGCCGUCCUCGCCUCCUUUCUUUUCUACCUCGAGCUAUGCCAGCUUUUCCACCACAAUCCUGAAUCACCAUUAUUCCUGGUACCUGUCAUACCGUACCUCGCCAUUGCCCUUGUCCGCCAUAUACUUGUCUUCCUCUGCGGCCGACCCAGCACCUGCUACUGCUGCAUUCACCUCUCGGUGCGUCCUACUUCAACCUUGUCCUGUCCGCGGGCGCCUUUGCGCACUUCCCACAGCCAUGGGAUCGGCAUUGAAGCAGACGAGGAAGAUUGGUGACCAAGGUCACGACCACGACCACGACCACGACCACGACCACGACCACGACCACGGCCGCAGCACGCAUGGCCAUCACCAUCAUCAUCAUCACCACCACCAUGACAACACAUACCUAACCUCUGCCAACACCAACGACCCUGGGGUGAGAAUCACAAGAAUCGGCUUGUUGUCCAACUUGGGCAUGGCAAUUGCCAAGUUCGUAGGCGGAUGGGCUUUUAAUUCCAAAGCAAUGACUGCGGACGCGUGGCACAGCAUUGCCGACCUCGCUUCCGAUAUCCUAACUCUGGCCACUGUCUCGUGGAGCCUGAAAUCGCCCACGGACCGAUUUCCCAUGGGAUUUGGCAAGGUAGAAAGCUUGGGCUCGUUGGGUGUCUCUGGCAUGCUUCUUAUCGGCGGUUUCUACAUGGGAUGGGAAAGUGCAAUCAGCUUGUACGGUCACUUUAACCCCGAAGGAGCUCAUCACAUUUUCGAGCAUCUGGGACACGGCCACAGCCAUUCGCACAGCCCUGCCGAUUUAGGUAUUCCAAGCAUUCAUGCCGUGUGGCUAGCAGCCGGAACCAUCCUGGUUAAAGAGUGGCUGUAUCAUGCGACCAUGAAAGUUGCCAAGGAACGCAAAUCAUCCGUGCUGGCCUCCAACGCCGUCCACCACCGCGUAGACAGUCUGACGGGCAUCGUUACCCUGGCUGUCAUUUUGGGUGCCAACGUGUUUGAAAGCGCAGCCUGGCUGGACCCGGUCGGAGGGCUUCUUAUAUCCGCCAUGGUUGUACAUGCCGGAUACGAGAACACGAAAGAGGCAAUGUACGAGCUGGUGGACCGCAGCCUGGACGAUGACGUGAAGAAAUCCGUCAGAAGGCAGGCGCAUCGAGCCUUGGCCAAUGUCAGCGAGGGCCAUGAAGCAGAGCUGCGUGACAUUAGCGGAAUCAAGUCUGGGCAGAAUUACCUGGUCGAUGUCGAGAUGGGCGUGCCUGGGGCAUGGACAAUAAACGAUGUAAAGGACUUGGAGGACGCGGUACGCAUGCAAGUUGGGAGCAAGGUGCGAGGCGUGCGGCGGCUUCGCAUACGCUUCGUUUCCACUGACCAUGCUGCGAGCGCAAAGUUUGACGAGUUUAUCGCUGGACCUGAAGCUCUCCAGAAACCAGAGGCGGCCGAUACGGACGGAGAAGAUGGCUGUGACGAGAAGGCGGGAAAGGACGACAAGCAUAGACGAUAG